AUGAUUAUAGAGAAUUACAACUGCCAGAGAGCUCAAGUUAAGUUCCCAGCCAAGGUGAUGAUCUCAUCUGUGAUCUCUGUCAUGGGUACUGGAAGAUUGGAGAUUGUAAAAUAUGAUCUAAAUCAAGCUAGAUAUCGUGAUAUCACUGAUAGACUUCUGCUUCAGCUUUACAACAGGGAAAAGGCCCGCUGGUACGUUCGAGGCAUGCCAAGACGUGUUUCUGCAGUGAUCAAGAUCGUGCUGCUGCUGACGACCGUUGCGGCGGCGGCGCAGCAGAAACGUGAGGCUGAACCGUCCGGAGGAUACGGACACGGGCUCGGACACGGCUUUGGCUACCGCUAUGGCUUUGACACCGGAUAUGGCUAUGGUCAUGGUCACGGAUUAGGACACGGUCACGGCCAUGGGCAUUCAGUAGCGUUUGUACAUGGUGGUCAUGGACAUGGAUUCGGUUUAGGAUUUGGACAUGGUCAUGGUUUCGGACAUGGUCAUGGAUUUGGACAUGGUCAUGGUUUCGGACACGGCCAUGGUUACAGUGUUGUACAUCAACACGGUUUUGGCCAUGGACAUGGAAUCGGCUUUGGCCACGGCUUCGGACACGGCUACGGCCACGGCAUCUACAAGCGCGAAGCCAAAGCCGAACCCGAAGCCAAGGCCGAACCCGAAGCCAAGGCCGACCCGAAGGCAGAACCCGGCUUUUCCCACGGCUUUGGAGGCCACGGCUUCGGCGGCUUCGACGGUCAUGGUUUCGGUGGUCAUGGAUUCGGUGGUCAUGGAUUCGGACAUGGUGGCCAUGGAUUCGGGCAUGGUGGGUUUGGAUUGGGCCAUGGCUUUGGCCAUGGAUUUGAUCACGGCAUCGGUCACGGUCACGGCCACGUUGUCACUCAUGAAGUUGUCCAUGUAGGGCAUGGCCACGGUCACGGCCAUGGAUUUGGCCAUGGAAUUGGUCUUGGUCAUGGCUUUGGUCACGGCAUUGGUCAUGGCUUCGGACAUGGCAUCGGCCAUGGUUUCGGACACGGAAUCGGUCAUGGAUUCGGACACGGUAUUGGUCAUGGAUUUGGACACGGUAUCGGUCAUGGAUUCGGACACGGUUACGGCUACGGAGGAUAUGGUUACCAUUAGCUGCGGCCAAUGUAUAUUUUCAAGGGAACUAAAACGAGUAUUUAAUAAUAUAUAUGCAGUUCAAACAUUAUUUAUAGAGCCACAAUCCAAAAAGAGAGAAAGAGGUAACUAAAGACAAAGAAGUGUCUGAAGA